AUUAGCGAGGGAAGAGGGGAGCGCAUGGUAACCACUGAAUUGUUUCAUCAACUUGGCGAGCGAAUCACUUUUUAGUCGUACCGGUCCAUCAUGCAGACGCUGAGAGAGAAGAAGACCUUGUUAACGGAGAUCCUGUCUGCGGACUCCAGCUACAUCCUUCAGCAUGUGCAGCAGGAGAAAAUAGUGACUCAGCGGGACUACAAAAACCUAAACAUCCCCAAUCAGUCCGAUGAGAAGACUGUCAUCAACCUGCUGGAUAAAGUGAUGAAUAAAGGAGAUACAAAAUGCUGUGAACUCGUGAAACUGCUGCAGAAACCAGAUAUUAUACACAACUACCCUAGACUGGAGGAAAUAUUCAACAACCACCCAGCACCCAGUGACCCCACCUUCAACCCAGCCCCAACAGUUCCAAUUCCCUGUACAGAUACUUCUGACCUGGAAACAGUGGGAACUAGUGGCGAUGAGGUCAGUCUGUAUGAGAUGACCAGUGUACCCCGUGGUCUCUGUUUGAUCAUCAACAACGAGAUCUUUGAUAAACUGCGUGAAAGAACAGGAACAAACAAGGAUGCUGUGGAUCUGGCUAACAUAUUCAGCCGGCUGAAGUUCAGGGUGGUGAUGUGCAAGGACAAGACUGCAGUGGAGAUUCCCAGUGUGCUGAAGGUCUUCUCUGAGCUGAAGCAGUUAUCUGAUCUGCAACCGUACGAUGUGAAGGAGUGGGUCGGUGGUCAGUUCACUGAUCUAAAGGAUCUUCCUAAGCAUGGCGACGCCUUCGUCUGCUGCAUUCUGAGUCAUGGAAAAAAGGAGGGCGUCUGUGGCACAGAUGGAACAGUUGUCCCCACCAUUGAUAUCCUCUCACCUUUCAACGGCACAAACUGUCGCAUCCUUGUUGAAAAGCCCAAGCUGUUCUUCAUCCAGGCUUGUCGGGGGCUCGACCUACAGGAGGGAGUGCCAGUGAACAAAAAGCUUAAAGUUGAAAGGAGGGACGGGGAACUGGAUACAGAUGACGGACAAAUCCAAGACUACACCCUUCCACUAUACUCAGACUACCUGGUUUUCAUGGCCAACGUAGAUCAGUAUCUCUCCAUCAGGAGCCCAACCUCUGGGUCCUGGUUCAUCCAGUCUCUGUGUGGCCAGCUUGAGAAAAUAUGCACCAGAGGGAAAAACAUCUAUGAGAUCCUCACAGGGGUCAAAGCCGAGGUGAGCAAGAAAGAAGGUGACCUUCGUGUUAAAGAUGCUAACGGUUGUUAUGGCUACGAGGUGGUCAAGCAAUCACCAGAUUCUAGAGACACCCUGACCAAGACACUCAUCUUUCCUGCUGAGACCACGCCUUCUUCCUGAUGACCUCUUGAUGUUACCAUGGUACCCUUCAUCAUCAACCGUCCAUAUGCUCUUUCAAUUUCAGUUUUGAUAUGAAAGGUUGAAUAGGCCUCAAUCAUGACACUACCAAUGUUCCUGUGGUGGCAUUCUUAUUUUAUUACUUUUACAUGGUGGGAGAGGAGCCACCAUUACUGCUGGUGUCUUUAUUUACCUGACUGCUACAUGUAUUUGAUAUUGUCAAUUUUACAGGGCUGGGCAAUAAGACAUUUUAUGUUAAUGAUACAUAAUUUCACCAGCGUACAGUGAGGGGAAGAAGUAUUUGAUCCCCUGCUGAUUUUGUACGUUUGCCCACUGACAAAGACAUGAUCAGUCUAUAA